UUGAAGUCCAAUCACUGUCACUGGCUUUGUCCUCAUCUUCUGGCAGGAACAAGCCAAACUGCUGUACUUGGUAGAUUUGGUUCAGACGUUUGCUUUUUCUGACGUGAAACAUUUUGAGUCAGUGCUGUUUCAGUGUACAGCCACACGUGUUGAGGUCAGUCACCUAACAGUGGGAGCGAUACAGUGCAUAUCUGGUUCACCUGGUUCUGACCCAGUUGCAGACACAGAUCAGCUCAGCUUGUAUAGACUAAAUAAGGUGGAAUUGCUUCAGCAGCAUUUCUGCUCCUAUAAGGCUGAUAUCUCCUAAAACACGCCAUGCAACGUGUCCUUGUGUCGCUCUCAGGUGACUGUGUCUCCCAACACAAGGCAGCAGGCCAUAGACCUCCCAUUCCCAUGAAUGAGAAUAAGUGAAUGGUGUGGGUGUGCAGGGCCGGCUUUGGGCGGUGAGUAGAGGGCACAAAAUCAUGAUCUCGCCUAGAGCGCCAACUUGGCCACCCCACACCCUGUGGGUGUGCGCAUGUAUCUGAGUAUCUGAAAGUGCAUGGGUUCACGUAUGAUUGAGUAGUUGUUGGAAUUGUGUUGAAUUUGAACAGUGUGUGUGUGUAUGCGUGUGGUGUGGUUGGUUUGUUGGGGGUCCCGUUUUCCACCCAGGGUACGUGGAUCCGCUGCCUGGUUGGUCUCUUUUUUUUUUUUUUUGUUCUGUCCAGCAGUCUGACAAGCAGCAUAUCUUACGCUGAAUGCCAUAUUGUGAUGGGCAGCUUUGCUUUAACAAGAGGGGUAUAUAUAAAAUAUAUAUACUCUUCUUGAUUUAUGGUUUAUUUAAUGGUUUAUUUAGCUAAUCCCAAAUAUGUGUGAUGUUGCUGUGUUGGUGGACAGGUUUCUGCUUAGGGUGUGUACGCGGGACGGGGGGUGCAACCAGCUGCUGAAACCAAGCAAAUCUGUUAAGUAAACAAUCGGUGCAAAAUAAAUAAGCAGGGAUGUACCUAGGCUAACACAUUCAUAACUAAACAACUGUUGUACUGUGGUUUACCUAAUACCAAUAUUGGCGUUAAGGUAUGUGCACUAUUCAUACAAACAUAUACAUAUCAUAUACAUACACAUAUGCAUUGUUAUACAUAUCCUAUACUACAUGUACUUAAUAAAAGUCAUGACAUACAACACCACAAUUUCCAUAUUCAUACAUUAUUGAUAUUGGUAGUGAUAAGUAUCAGUAAUACUUGUAAGUACCCGGACCGCCUGUGAUUCUGUAAUAAGCUGUUAAACCCUACCAUCUGCACAGGUCGCUGUGCUGUGCAUGUGGGUCUCUUCUCUGCCGAUUCCUGACAGAAAAAUCUGGCCAGACUUGGACCCAGCCAGCGCUAACCUGCACCCAGGUCUGUUACGAGUUUUUUUUUUUCUCUCUGUUCGUCGGCUCCGCGCCUAACCACGCACCGAAGCGAUGGAAUUUAUUCCACCGAGCGCCCAGUCUUACUGCCCAGCUCCGAGUUGUCAAACUAGCUAUCGAGAUACUGGAGGAUGAGCCCUGGUGGCGUGAGUACCCCGGAGUGCAGGCGUUCUCUGAUGGACUCCGGCUAAUGCGGAGGGACUUGACACGCGCACUGCGCGCAUCGUCUGGUCGCGUCUCCGCCGCCGCUCCUGUCGCCGCUCCCGUCGCCACUCCCGUCGCCGCUCCCGCGGUUCAAGUUUCUGUUCCUGUCGCCGCUCCGGCGGUCCGCGUCUCCACUCCUGUCGCGGCUUCAGCAGAUCCUGUUCCCGUUCCUGUCACCGCUCCGGCGGUUUGCGUCUCCACUCCUGUCGCCAUUCCGGCGGUGCACGCUCCGGUCACCGCUCCAGCGCCUCAGACGACGGUCAGCCGCAGGCGCCCCAGACGUCGUCGGCGAGGGCACGGUUCCGGGGUCCAGGGCCCAGAGACCUCGGUCGCGGUGACCGAGCAGCUCUCCUCUCCGGCAGAGAAUUCCCUCGGUUCCCCUACUGACUGUGUCGUGUCAAUUGCAAGCAUCUCCGAUAGCGUCACUCAACGAAUUCACCUCCACUGUUCUCCCCCGGUUGCGUUCCUCUUCGCUCAUCUGAUGGACACGGCCAAUUCAGCAGCAGACCCGGGCACAAGGGACCGACUGUUUGAGGAGGCAGCUGCCCUCAUUCUGAGGGAACCUGCCCUGCGUGCGGCUCUGCAACUCCCAGGCCUGCAACCAGCAGCCACGCCUGAUCCCACGUCUCAGUCAGGUCAGGCAAGCCACGCUCAGUCUCUAGCCCUAGUUCAGCCAUGCUCUGUUCAGACUCCAGUCGCAGUUCAGUCGUGCCCCGCUCAGGUUCCAGCUCAGCCUUGCCAUGCUCAGGUUCCAGCUCAGCCUUGUCAUGCUCAGGUUCCAGUCCCAGUCCAGUCAAGCCCAGUCCAGGCCCCAGCUGGCUCCUGUGAGGAGCCUGAGAGCAGCGCCGCCGGCUCCUGUGAGGACGCCGUUCCUGUUCCUGUCGGCCAAGUAGAGGCCGUUCCAGUUCCUGUUCCUGUCGGCCAAGUAGAGACCGUUCCAGUUCCUGUUCCCGUCGGCCAAGUAGAGGCCGUUCCAGCUCCUGUUCUCGUCGGCCAAGUAGAGGCCGUUCCAAGUCCUGUCCCUGUCGGCCAGGUUGAGGCCGUUCCAGUUCCUGUCCCUGUCGGCCAGGUUGAGGCCGUUCCUGUUCCUGUCUGCCAUGUAGAGGCCGCUCCUGUCGGCCAGGUAGAGGUCGUUCCUGUCGGCCAUGUAGAAGCCGUCGAUGUUCCAGUCGGCUCCUGCGAGAACGCCGUUCUAGCCCCCGUUCCUGUCAGCCUCGGAGUGGCAGUUCCCGCCGACCUCCAGGAGGAGGUCUCGCCAGCUGGAGUUGCUGCCGCGGUCCACGCCGACCUCCAGGAGGAGGUCGCGCCAGCUGGAGUUGCUGCCGCGGUUCCCGCUGACCUCCAGGAGGAGGUCGCGCCUGCUGCAGCUCCUGCUGACCUCCAGGAGGAGGUCGCGCCUGCUGCAGCUCCUGUGGACCUCCAGGAGGAGGUUGCGCCUGCUACAGCUCCUGCGGACCUCCAGGAGGAGGUCGCGCCUGCUGCAGUUCCCGCCGACCUCCAGGAGGAGGUCGCGCCAGCUGGAGUUGCUGCCGCGGUCCACGCCGACCUCCAGGAGGAGGUCGCGCCAGCUGGAGUUGCUGCCGCGGUUCCCGCCGACCUCCAGGAGGAGGUCGCGCCUGCUGCAGCUCCUGCGGACCUCCAGGAGGAGGUCGCGCCUGCUGCAGCUCCUGCGGACCUCCAGGAGGAGGUCGCGCCUGCUGCAGCUCCUGCGGACCUCCAGGAGGAGGUCGCGCCUGCUCGGUUCCUGGUGGUCCGGCGCCGACCGCGUCUGCAUCUGUUCCUGGUGGUCCGGCGCCAACCGCGUCUGCAUCGGUUCCUGGUGGUCCGGUGCCGACCACGUCUCCACGUCUGUUCCCGCCUCAUCUGCUGGACGGGUGGCCUCGCCCUCGGCGCCUCCUGCUGGUUGGAUGGCGCUGCCUCCUUCGGCGCCGUCCGCCUCGACUCCGCCACCGCCACGGCCGUCCGCCUGGGGUGAGCCCCCUCCUGCCACGGCGAUGGCGAUGGCGAAGCCUCUUCCGCCGUCGCCCACCACGAUCCUGGGACUCCCUUGCUGCCACCCUCCAAAAGAGGGGGGUGUCUGGGCCCAUGGGGCCGUUGGGGAUGAACUCGGGGGGGGUUCGGUCCCUCCUCCGGUGACCACCCUCCGCCCGCCCUGGUUUGGGGGGGGGGGGGCUUCCGUGGGCGCCGUGGAAGACGCCCUAGAGGGAGGGGUACUGUCAGGUUUUCGUUCUUGGUUUUAUUUUGAAAGGACUUUUCUGUUUUUGAUUCCAGUUCCCGGUUUUAUUUUGUAAGCACUUCCGUUUCUGGUCACACCACAGCAGUCCCCGCUUCACUCCCGGUCCUCAUUACACACACCUGUUUUAUAUCAGUAAUCAGCUUCCUGCAUUUAACCACCACCUGUCGCCUUAGUUCUUUGCCAGAUCGUCGUACGUAUGCCAGACAUCCAUUCCCAGCACUUAGUUAUCCUGUUCGUGUGUUUUGAUCCUGCUCUGUUUUUGAUUUCUGAUUCUCGCCUGCUCCUUGAUCUGUACUGUUGCUUGGAUAGCUCUGGAUUAACGAACCUGACUGCCCGACUACGAGACAGCCUACUCCCUUACGGUACUGUAAACUGUGAUCUUCCGUUACCGAAUCUCUGCCUGUCCCUGAAUCUGAACCAGCCUGCUCCACCGGUACCGUAGCCCCGUGAUUGACUGUGUACGACCCGGACCGCCUGUGAUUCUGUAAUAAGCUGUUAAACCCUACCAUCUGCCUGAGGUCGCUGUGCUGUGCAUGUGGGUCCUUUCUCUGCCGAUUCCUGACAACCCCUAGUCCACCACCCCUACACGAGCGGAGCGGGGCCUACCCCAUCGGCCCGACCUCAUCCCCUGGCACCACACCGGGCCUGCAGCACAAGGCCAGCAAUUGGUGGGGGUCAGCAGAAAAGAGACCAGCCAGGCAGACGAUCAACGUACCAUGGGUGGAAAACCGGACCCCUCACACUCUAACCGCACCACACGCAUACAAACUCACACAAACACAGACGCAUACACCCACCCACACGUACAACACACAUCAUCACAUCAACACACAUACACCAUAAACUCUGUCUAGUCAAUCCUACGUGAACCAAUGCACUCUCAAAUACGUUCUCGCACCCACACCAUUCGCUUGAUCACAUUCGUGGGGAGGGUAGGUCUCCGGCCUGCCGUCCAUGUGGCCCCAGGCAGGGACCGCAGCUCCUACCGAGCCCCGCCCAACUCCCCCAACCCGGGAGAGGGAGAGGACAGCGGAAAAGGCACCCCAGAACCCUGCAACCCAGCUUUGACGUGAGUGUGUGGAACUAAAGUGCACUGAAGGUGGGUCACACCUCCAGGAGCACGCCCACUGGCUGACGGUGUGUCCCCCGGACAGUGCCCCCCCUCACCCUAAAUGUCUUUUUGCAGUUAAAACUGGGUGGUAAUCUCUCCACCAGGGCCAGUGGGCGAGGCCACAACUGGCCUCAGCCCCAGGCCCCAGUGAAAGAGCCCACCCCUGGCCCUAAAUGUAUGUGUAUGUGGCUAAGUAUGAGGAACUUUGGGAGAUCGCCAAUUCUCCGAGGGGGUCCAGCAGACAGAGCCAUCAAUGUCAAGGCUCCGUCCACUGGCCCCCAUGACUAAUAUAUGACUAAUGCAAUUAAAAUGCACAGCAUCCCACUUGGGAGGGACAGAACCACUCCCCGGUAGCUCCGGUCCCUCCAUAAGCAGGACGCCCCUUGCAGACCUAAGUGGAUGAAUGUGGAGAAAUGUAGUUGGGAAGCAGAGCACCAGGGUCCGCAGAGCCAGGUUCCCGACUGGCUCUGCUACCCAUCCCACCGCCCCCCACAACCCCCAGCCAGGAAGAGACAGCCGAGACCCAGGGACCGCAGUACUACUGCCCAGGCACCACACGCAGCACAGCCAGAGCCAUCCUCACCCUUCUUUCACACUUACCAGAGGACGUCGGACCGCUAGGGCAGGCAGCGCCCCACCCGAGCAGGGGCAGCGCCCCAGGGGAGAGACACCCCUCCGGGCACAGGCAGGCACCCCCGGAGGGUCACCCAGGUCUCCAACCCCAGGGCCGCCCCCUGCACACCGGCAGGGAGGCCCGCCUCCGCUCCACGGAGACAGGCACCGCCAACCCUCAAAAUGGCCCUACUCCGGCACAGGACUGCCGGUCUCAGCAGCCACCACACCCCCGCCGCAGGGGACCCAUGCGGCCAGCCCAGAAUCCACCAGUCCCGUUGUCCCGGUUCCUUAGGUAAGCAGGCACCCCCAACCACCAGUCUCCCCCCCACCACUGUGCCAGACAUGACGCAGCACCCGAGCUCCACGCAUCCUUACCUGGAAAUGGAAUCAAUCAGAGUAUAGUUUUGGUCAUUGAUUUGAUGAAGCUGUGUCUAAGGUGGUAUAAUCUAACAAGCUGUUCAGGUACUGAGUAAUGCUUAAUUUGUUUUAGUUUUCCAGUUCAUAAGGAUGAUUUUCUUUGCGACACAGAGGGCAGAAAGAAGUGUGUGUGAUGAGUUUGUCUCUAGAUCAAGCCCACUUAGAUCUCCUAGAAGACAAAGUGUAGGGGACAACAUACAGUAUAAUGUGUAAUUAGUGGUGAUGUUGAGAUCAGCUUCCCAUUUAGAGAUGGGAAGGCUCACUGUCUGAUCUACAUUGGAAAUUAAGAUAUAGAUUUUGGAUACUGUCCUUUUCCCUGAAAUAUCAAUAAAUCGCUCUAUUACUGGUGGUGGUUGCAUGUGGAUGGGAGUAUUCUUACUUUUUGCAUUAAGUAUUGACUUUAGUUGUUGGUAUUCUAAGAAAUUGGCACUAGUGAUUUCAUAGUGGGACACUAAUUCUUCAAAAGAGGUGAACUUGUCUCUUGUGAAAACAUAUUUCAGAUGUGUUAUCCCUUUGAUAUGCCAAGUUGGAAAGUGUAUUGCCUUUUUGUUUUGUAUGAUGUCUGGAUUGUUCCAGAGAGGUGUGUUUUGGCAAAGAGUAAGCGAAGACGGAUUAAUUUUAAGAAAAUCCCACCAGGCUGUCAGAGAUGCUUUUAUGCUAAUGCUCUGGUAACAGCUAUGAUGUUUGAUUUUGGUGCUGAUAAAGGGCAGAUCUGCAACUUUAAUAUUUCCACAAAAUGUUUGUUCAGUGUCUAUCCAGGAGGAGUCUGCUGGUAUGGGUUUUAUCCAUUUGUGGACAUGGUUCAGUCUAUUGGCAAGAAAAUAGUGGUGGAAGUUAGGUAGUUCUAGGCUGCCGCAGCAUCUGGAUUUUUUAAGAGUUUUUAAACUAAUUCAUGGUGGCUUGGUUUUCCACAAGAACUGUAAGAUGUAGAAGUCUAAUAUCUUAAACCACGCCUGGGCUGGCUGAGUUGGAAUCAUUGAGAAUAUGUAAUUAAUUUUUGGCAGGAUCAUAAUUUUUAUGGUGGCAAUUCUUCCCAUAAGUGAAAUGGGUAAGGACUGCCAUCUUUUGAGGUUGGCUUCUAUUUGUUUUAAUAAUGGAUUUUAGUUUAGAGCAAUAAGCUCUGAUAGCCUAGACGACAAUUCAAUGCCCAAGUAUUUAAUGUUCUCUGAAUGGAGUGUGGUAAAAGAGAUGUUAGUCACCCUAAAGUUAAGUGGUAGCACUAUAGAUUUGGUCCAGUUAAUAGAGUAUUCUGAAAGUCCUGAGAAUUCAUCUAUGAGGCUGAUAGUUGUAGGAAGAGACGUCUGUGGCUCCAGGAGGUGGGUGGUCUCUCUUCUGCCGGCACUCACCACCUUGUGUUGGGAGCCCGAUGUGGUGGACAUGGUCGGAUCAAUGGGGUGGGCCCUGCUCCGCUCGUGUGGGGGUGGUGGACUGGGGGUGAACCCCACUCUGGGCGCAGGGGCAUUUCUUGGGGGGCUCCCUACGGACCAUGGGUCCUCGGGCUCCACUCUCUUAGGCCAACCCUCCCAUUGGGGGGAGUGUUUGCCCCUGGUUCUCAUGGAGCGGACAGCGUUGACCCACGGUGGUCCAUUCUGAUUUACUCUUUUUUAUUUUUGUUGUGCUUAUUUACAUUUACAUUUAUAUUUGUAUUUUGUUUUUCGUUUUUUGCCUCUGAUUUAUUUGGUUUCAGCAGCUGAUCCACACACACACGCACGAUUAGGAGUUUAAGGGGAGUAUAUAUAUUAUUUAUAUACUCCUCUUGAAAAAACCAAACUGUCCAUCACAAUAUGACAUUCACCCUAAAACAUGCUGCUUGUUCAACUGAAUGGAAAAAAAGAUAGAAAUGUGUGUCUUAACUUAGCUGCCGGAUGUGCAGGAUAACACCCGCUCACACAAGCGUCCAACAUGUUUUUUAACAAAGAAAAUCAUCAAUGCUUUAAAGGAGUCAUAUCAUGCUUUUCAUUCUAAAAAAUAUUAGACUUUAAUGUCUCAGUAAGGUCUCUGUAAAUUUUCAUCCCAUAAAACCCUUUAGAUCGUCCACACUGCCCCUGUCAAUGUGUGGUUCUCACUCCCCAUCAGCAAACGCUGUGUUUUCUGGGCGUGUCGCAAGCGAAGCUGCUCACCACACCUCUGUGCGGAAGCGCAUACCUUUUUUGUUGUUGUUUUUUUUUUUAAAUUGGCUCCAUGGAUACGAGCCACCGCACGGUUAGGAUACAAUAGGUGGCAGUAGUGCGACAUUGAGAAUGCAAUCCACCGCAAUCCUCCACAGAAGAAGAAGACCCACUACAGAACUGCACAACAUUAGCCAGCUGAUUCGUAGCGUAGUAGAACCAUACGUCUACGAUCCCGAAUCUGACCCUGAAGCUGAAGAGGAGGCUGUUGAAGUCACCACAUUUCGGCUGAUGCAAGAUGUGUCUCAUUGUUGUUACAGGUAUCUAGUCUACAGAGGCUAGUGAGCUGGUGCUAAGGAUUCCUGGGGUGAAGAAUCUGAGUUGCCAUCUCUUCAUGCUUGGGUUGUAGAUGAAGGCAGUUUCCUGAUGGAUAAAACACUAAAACACUCAUAGUAUGAUUGAUGUAGACCACCUGUAGAAUAACUCCUUUACAGUUUGAGUAAAAAUGUGUUUUUUGUGAGUGCAACACUCUAAGAAUUUUUUUAACUUUAUUUAUAUAUAAUUUAUAUGCGUUUUAUUUAUGGCCGCUUCAACUUUAUAGCUUACCAUAUUAGAAAGAGAAAAACAUGUAAUUUCAAUACUAUGAUUUCCUAAAUAAAAGUGUUUUCCCUUCAGAAACAGAGUUCAGUGAAAUACAUAAUAGUUAAAGCCAACUUUAUUGUAAACCAAAAAAAUACACCACUACUCCAAAGCUAGAACAAACUGUUACCUUCACACUCCAGUGUGCAAUGUAUAGGUUACUGAGUUAAAUAAGAAGUCUGGGGGUUUGAGGACGAAGGAGAAGCUUUUGCAGGGCCUUGCAGACGAAAUGCAUUAAAAGUAGGGUAAACAGGGAGAUGUGGUGAUCCUUGUUCUCAUCACUAUUUGGAAGACUGAGCGGAAGCAGUCCUCUACCAGAUGGAAGCUGUGGCUGUCCUCACCAUCACCUCAUCAAAACAAAAGGUAGUGCAAUCAGAAUUGUAGAUUAGUGAAAUGUUAAUUAUUAUGUAGGUCAAAACCUUCUCUAAUGUAAGAACACACAAUACCAGACAAAAAAUUAAACCAAACAAGAGGACAGGCCUGUCUGUGCUAAAACAACAGAUAAACAGUUGUUACAAUUCAAAUAUAAAAUCUAAACAGUAUAUACCAAUUAAAAUCUUCUAUUACCUAUCUUACUGUUGGUACAUACAAA